GCUCAGGGGCACAGCGUUCCAGGAAUGUUGGACGGAGGGGCAGUGAGCGCCCCGCUGCCGGGCCGCUAUGGCUGCGCCCCGCUGUCAGAGCGAGCGGCGCCCCAGGACUGGCUGGCGCGGCACCCCGCGGGCGCCGAGGCCGCGCACGCGGCAGCCAUCCAGGCGGUCCUCGCAAAGAGGGACAAGGAGUAUAGUUGGGGCAUCAUCAACGCUAUCGACUACUAUAUCCUUGAGCCGAUAUUGAACGGCAUCUACUUUGUGGAGGAGGCGAUCGACGAGGCCGCCGAAGGCCCCGACGUUCUCCGCCGGCCAUGCCGGGGCGUCUCUCCUUUGGCGGCGCCAGGGGUGGGGGCACCCCCUCCGUCAGAGCAGAAACGAACGUGCCCUUGA